AUGGGGAGCGGCGGCUCGACCGGGCCGCGCUUGGCCACGGCCGAGGGCCCGGGGGGAGUCGAGCAGCGGCUGGAGGUGCGGGGCGGGCGGGUCCCGGCGGCCCUGUGGGCUCAGCGGGGGCUGAGGAAACUCUACCUGAGCGGCGCUGGGCUGCGGGAGGUGCCGGCCGAGCUGGGGGCCUUGCGGCACCUCCGCACUUUGGCCCUGGACGACAACGAGCUGAUGGAGGUGCCCGAGGCCUUGUGCCGCCUGCCCCGCCUGGCCUACCUCUACCUGGGCCGCAACGGGCUGCAGGCCCUGCCGCCCGCCUUCGCCCGCCUGCAGAGCCUGCGCUGCCUGUGGCUGGAGGGCAACUUCCUUGCCCGCUUCCCCCGCGCCCUCCUGGGCCUGCCCGACCUCCGCAGCCUCCAGCUGGGCGACAACCGCCUGGCCCGCCUGCCCGCCGGGCUGCCCCGCAUGGCCAGCCUGCGGGGGCUUUGGCUCUACGGCAACCGCUUCGAGGAGUUUCCCCCCGUCCUGCUGCGCAUGGCCCACCUCCGCGUCCUCGACCUGGACCGCAACCGCAUCGCCCGCUUCCCCGACCUGGCCUGCCUGGCCGCCCUGCGCCUCCUCUCCUACGACCACAACCCCGUCCGGCAGCCGCCCCGCGUCGGGGACGCCGUCCGGCUGGUGGGCGACGGGGCGCAGGAGUUCAUGGAGGCGCAGCAGGAACGCCUGCAGAGCCUCCAGCAGCAGCAGCAAGAGGAGGAGGAAGAGGAGGAAGGCACCGAGGCCCCACCGGCAGCCCCUGGGGACGGUUCCCAGCUGCUGGAGGAUCAGGAAGACAGCUUGGCAGCCCUGCCGGGCUCCCCAGGGGAAACAUGAGCCGCCACGCUGCUGCCAGACAGCCACAGGGAUGCGGCGCGCGGGGAUGGGGAGCCUCCACCCGGCUCCCAAGGACCACCGUCUCCCAGGUAGGGCUGGGGAAGAAGGAAGCCCCCAAGCAAAGAAAACAGUCCGAGGACCAGGAUCUCCCAGGCAGUAGAGCAAAGAGCUGCUGCCUGGAUCCACAGGGCUCGUCGGUCACCGUCAUGAUCUACAAGCCCACCUUAGAGCCUCCCACGUAACCACAGGGUGCCUUGGAUGGGGGGAAAAUGGCCCCACAGACCCCACUUGCCUGCUGGACAGGCCCUGGCAGGCAGCACAGUGCUGCUGAGAGCCAGAUGUCCCCACCAUGCCCGCCCAUGAGCACGGGGACCUUCCUACCACGACCUCCACAGAUGUCCUUUGCUCCUGGCUCUGGGGGGCAGGACAGGAAAAAGCAACGCCGUUUGCAUCCUCAUCAGCCUGAAGAGCAGCAAGGUUUGAGAGCAAACGCACAGACCCCUUCUCGCCCCCGAGACCCCCGUCCUGCCGCUGGAAUUGGGAUGGGGGGAGAGAGAAGUCUCCCGCCGGACUUCUCCCAGCCGUCAGGUUUGGGAAGGAGCAGAUGGAAACCCCACCUGGG